AUGAUGGUUUCUUCUUCUUCUUCUUCUUCUUCUUGCUUUGUCGUCCUUUCUCUAGCAGUUUUGUUACAAUUUCUUUUUGUCUCUGCUUCAACAAAAUCCAUUGAUGCCAUAUGCCAACGUGUCACCGACAAAGCCUUCUGCGUCAAAACCUUGACCGCUUAUCCUCCGGCCGCCUCUGCCUCCACCAGGUUCCAAGCGGCCAAGGCUGCGCUUAGCCUGGGCAUGUCCUAUGCCGGGAAGUCGGCGGUUUAUGUCGCGAAGGCGGCGAAGGAAAAUCCAAACUUGAAGAAGCAAUUUGCGGGGUGUAAAGAUGCCUUUACGACUAUUGUAUACUCUCUCAAGAGUGCUUCCAUGGAACUCAAGGAAUCUCCAGACACAUCAAACUAUGAUGUCAUGGUUUGUACGGACAGCACGACGAUCGUGAAGAAUUUGGUCGGGAAAAAUAUGGAUAAGGCUUCAAAGACUGUUAUGUCGAUGACAUUGAUGAUGGAGAAGAUUCUUGCUAUUGCGGUUGGAGCCACUUUAGCUGUUGGUGGCUAA